AUGCCUCAAGACAUCCGCCUUCGACUUGCGGCGAUCUCUGAGCAGGUCCACCACCUUCAGCUACAGUAUCGAGGCCGGUGCAAGUACAAGUCGGGCAAGUGCACGAACGAGCGAUCGACCAAGGACAAUGGGUUGCCUCACACGCUAUGUGAGCCGCACCGACUGCAACACAACAAGAACCAACGCAAGUCGGACGUGAAGCGGCGUCGACAGAAGCGACUCGACCGAAGCAAGAAGUCCAAGGAGCCGACCGUCGCACGCAGAGCUGUCACCUCCAAGGAGGCAACGUCGGGGCGACGCGGUCGAAUCCAGACGAAAGUUGCGACAGCAGACGAAUCCAGCAUUGGCCACGAUGACGCGGCAAUCACUCCCACUCCGAUCGGCCUGGUCAAGUGGAACGACGAGGGGUGGACCUUCGAAGACAUGUGCAUCCUGCGUGAAAUCAUCAUCUCGUAACCCCAUGCGAAUGGUGGAAGGUUUCGUGCGUCUGGUUCGUCGAUGGAUUAUUUAAGACCACUCUUAUUCGCCAA